UGCUUGGCAUGUUCUACCUUACACGCACUCCACUCUCUCUUCCUCUCCUUCCUCACGCCUCCUCUUUAUUCUCCCAUUCUCCUCUCCAACACACUCCGAUCCAAAAUCCAACUCCCACAUCAGAUCGUUCUAAAUUACGUAACCAAUGGGUGUUGAUUACUACAACGUACUAAACGUAACCUCAACCGCAAGCGAAGAUGAUCUGAAGAAGUCUUACAGAAGAUUAGCCAUGAAAUGGCAUCCAGACAAGAACCCUUCGAGCAAGAAAGAAGCAGAAGCUAAAUUCAAACAGAUCUCCGAAGCUUACGAUGUCCUAAGCGAUCCUCACAAGCGUCAGAUCUACGAUCAGUACGGUGAGGACGGUCUUAAGUCUUCCGACUUACCAACUCCGGCGGCUAAUACGCAGCGAAGCUACUCCUCCAGCAACAACAACGAGUUUCGGUAUUAUCCGCGAGACGCUGAGGAUAUUUUUAACGAGUUUUUCGGCGCGUCAGGGGAUGCAUUCGGCGGAGGAGGGAGGAGGAACAGUGAUAACGGAGGAGGAAGCAGGUUUAGAAGCGCGGAGGCGGGAAGUCAGACGAGUAGGAAGGCGCCGCCGGCGAAUAGGAAGGCUCCGGCGAUUGAGAGUAAGUUGGCUUGUACUCUUGAGGAGUUGUAUAAAGGUGGGAGGAGGAAGAUGCGGAUCUCACGCGUUGUUCCUGAUGGUCUCGGGAAGCCAAAGACAGUGGAAGAGAUUUUGAAGAUAGACAUAACACCAGGAUGGAAGAAAGGAACAAAAAUCACAUUCCCUGAGAAAGGAAACCAUGAACCAGGAGUCACUCCUGCUGAUCUCAUCUUCGUUAUCGACGAGAAACCACACUCUGUCUACACAAGAGAUGGAAACGAUCUGAUUGUAGACAAGAAACUCUCCCUUUUGGAAGCUCUAACAGGAGUCACUAUAAGCCUAACAACACUAGACGGGAGGAACCUAACUAUACCGGUUUUGGAUAUUGUCAAACCGGGUCAGGAGAUUGUGAUCCCCAACGAAGGAAUGCCUAUCUCUAAAGAAGUUUCCAAGAGAGGAGAUCUUAGGAUCAACUUUGAUAUAUGUUUCCCUUCGAGGUUGACGUCGGAACAGAAGACAGAUCUUAAGAGAGUUCUUGGUGACUAGUUUUCAUGUAAGGUUCUUGAAUGUUGAGAGUCAGUUUUGUGUAUAUACACAAUGUGUUUUACAAAUCCUUCAAAAUAGAGGUCAGUGUGAAACAGAUCUGAUCUACUUGGAUCUUCAUCUCAUCUGUUGAUGGAUACUCUUUGGUCAGAAAAACCUCUCUUUGAUGUCAUGAUAUGUAUUCUCAAGCCAUUCGAAAAUGUUUAGUAACUUUUUGUUUCUCCAACUACUAAUAUAUUCACAUAUACUUAUUUUUAUAGUAUAGUACUUCUAGU